AUGGCUCAACUCCCAUGGAUUCAAGGCUUUUUAUUCAUCAUCCUGCAGCUCACAGUCACUGCAGAUGAAACAUCUGUUAUAAAGAGAGCUGGAGAUGAAGUCAUGAUGUCAUGUUCAGAACUGAUCGAUGGUCAGAGGAAGUGUAACAAUACAACAUGGAUCUUUACUGGUUCAGGAGGAUCAACAGUAGAGCUGGUUUCACUGGGUCAGAUUAACAGCUCUAAACCAAACAGACUGAAUCUGACAUCAAAAUGUUCUCUGGUUAUAAAGGAGGUCAGAGAGGAAGAUGCUGGACGUUAUAACUGUCAACAGUGGAAUACAAGAGGCGAACACACUCUGGUUCAUCAGUCUGAUAUAGAUCUGUCUGUUGUUAACUUGACUGAACAGAAGGAGAAUCAUAGUGUGACAUUGAGUUGCUCUGUGGUGACCUCUGACCCCUGUCGGUACAAAGUUCAGUGGUUUGAUCAGGAUGUGAACAUCAAAGAAUCACCAUCAGAGUCUGGCUGCUCUGCUACUGUCACUUCAUCAUCAGGGUUUAAGUUUCCUCAGUGUAAAGUGACUCAAACUGAAACUAAUGAAGAGUUUACCUUCAGUCUGCAGCCGUCAGCAGGAAAAGUUCAACCAACAACAAAACCUGGAAACAGAAAGACAACCAGACCAAAGAAGAAGAACGUUUCACCAACUACUGAAGGCAAAAAGUCAGGAGGAAAAGUUCAACCAACAACAAAACAUAGAAACAAAACAUCUAGAACAACCACCAGACCAAAAACAGACAAUUCAUGA